UUGCUCCAUGCUAGUUGUAAACGCUGAGGGUGAAGUAACUUCACUCGCCUUGAACUUUGUGACACAUUUCGCUCGGAGAUAUGACAACUAUAAAGAGACAAGGAGCGAAAGAUGCGGGAUGUUAAGUAAGAGUAUCUGUUUGUCCUGCUGCCUCUAUAAACACUCUUUCCAGUGAUGGCAAGGAUUUUCCAAAAAGCCCUGAGACUAAGAAAGUCUCUAAACCUCCACAGCACCGUCUCAUCUACAGCCAUUAUUAGACCCUCACCUGUGGUCCUCAACAGUCAGUUUCUGCCCACUAAUUCAUGGCUAUCAGGGGUCUGCUGCCGGAAACUGCAUGCUGGGACAGAUGGGCCCAAGCCAUCCCCUGCUGCAGCCCCAGAGAGACUUCCUUUUUCCAAAAUAACUCCAGAAGAUUUGGCCUUUUUUAGAGAGAUCCUUCCAGGGAGAGCCAUUACAGACCCGGACCUGCUGGAGUCCAGUAAUAUGGACUGGCUGAAAUCAGUGAGAGGUUCUAGUGAAGUGUUACUGCGGCCUCAAACAACAGAGGAAGUUUCUAAAAUCUUAAAGUACUGUAACAGUCGAAAUCUGGCGGUGAACCCUCAGGGAGGAAACACAGGGCUGGUGGGGGGCAGCGUGCCAGUUUAUGAUGAGAUCAUCCUCUCCACUGCACUUAUGAACAACAUCCUUACCUUUGAUAGUAUUUCUGGCAUUCUGACCUGUCAGGCUGGCUGUGUCUUGGAGAACUUGUCCCUUUACCUUGAGGAGAGCGACUUCAUAAUGCCUCUUGAUCUUGGAGCUAAAGGUAGCUGUCACAUUGGGGGGAAUGUGGCAACGAAUGCAGGAGGACUCCGACUGCUGCGAUACGGCUCCUUACAUGGGACAGUUCUGGGUCUGGAAGUGGUUUUGGCUGAUGGGAGAGUGUUGGACUGCUUGGCCACACUGAGAAAAGAUAACACAGGAUACGACCUCAAACAGCUCUUCAUAGGUUCAGAGGGAACACUGGGGGUUAUCACCGCAGUGUCCAUUCUCUGUCCACGGAAACCAAAGUCUGUUAAUGUGGUUUUUCUGGGCUGUGAGACCUUUGAGCAGCUGCUGAAGACCUUUCAGCUCUGCAGAGGCAUGCUGGGAGAAAUUCUAUCAGCCUAUGAAUUUCUGGACAGUGAAUGUAUGAGGCUGCUUAAUACACACCUCAAACUACCCAAUCCUAUUUCUGAUUGUCCGUUCUACGUCGUCAUAGAAACAUCCGGUUCUGAUGCAACACAUGAUGGGGAAAAACUGCACAACUUCCUAGACGAGGCGAUGACAGCAUCAUUAGUCAUUGAUGGGACUGUGGCAACAGAGGACUCAAAAAUCAAGGCUUUGUGGUCAAUGCGUGAACGUGUCACAGAGGCACUGACUCACGAUGGCUUCACCUACAAGUAUGACAUCUCGCUUCCAUUAGAGCGGCUUUACCAGCUGGUGACAGACAUGAGGGAGCACCUGGGGGACCGGGCCAAAAGUGUUGUGGGAUACGGGCAUGUAGGAGAUGGAAAUCUUCACCUAAACAUCACCUCUCCUGCCAAAGACCCGGCUCUCCUCGCUGCGAUUGAGCCCUUUGUUUAUGAGUGGACGGCCAGCUGUCAGGGCAGCAUCAGUGCAGAACACGGUCUGGGUCUGAAGAAGAGGAACUACAUCUACUACAGCAAACCCAGCCAGGCUGUGGCUCUCAUGGGUGACAUCAAGGCCAUGCUGGACCCUAAGGGCAUCCUCAACCCGUACAAGACUUUACCAGAUAACCUGAAAUGACCCAAGAGCUGCAGGGUAGGUGGUGAUGUCUGCACAGCUCAGACUGGAGGGGUCAGUUUUAGUAACACUCAGUGCCAUGUGGGUUUUGUGCCACCCUGUGAUACCCUUUUAAAAGAAGAGCUGUGGUUUUGCACAAGGAAUAUAAUUCGUCCAAGAAGCUAUAAGCUGUAAGCAUUAGUUUGUUCAAUAUGUACUGCCUAGUGUGAUCAUCUACCUCAACUACUCACAUUUUGAGUAGCUUCAGUCUGAAGCACUCCAACACUAAACUUUUAAACAUGAUUUAGAUCUUAAAUCAAAGACAGCUGUAUAAAAAUGAAUACCAGAGUGUAUUUUAAAUAAAGAAGGAAGUGGAGGAGUGAUAUCUGUGUACAGUAGUUUUACUGGCAACCACUAGGGGGCAGUACAGCUUAUAAAACAAAGGCUGUGCCUGUAAGAAGUACAACAUAGACUUGUUCUUCAUGUAACUUCUUUGUAUGCUGUAGUCAUGUCUUGGGACAAUUUAAUAAAAAUUUAAUGAAUGAUUUUAAA